AUGGGCUUCAUGAAAUCAAAUCUGGCGUGCCUAGGGGCACUUGCCGCAAUGAUAAUCGCUGCCCCUACGGACGACACUUCAACCCCAGCUAUCUUUGCUCGCGCUGAGGCUACGGUCUUUAUGUGUGACGACACCCGUUUCCGAGGCCGCUGCCGAACCGACGUCAUUCAGACAGGAUCCUGCUACAAUGUUCCGGAGAGUUUCGUUGACCGCAUCAGCUCUAUUCGUAAUAAUGAUAGGAAUAGAGAUACGUGCACUUGGUAUCGGGAGCGGCAAUGUCGAGGCGAGUCGUAUCGUAACCAGGAUGAUGAUAAUUUAGCUGAUGGUAAUGGCCGGUUUAAUGAUGCAAUCAGGAGUUAUGAGUGUAAAAGAAAGUAA